CUGAGCGCUGAUUGGACGCGCGGGCUGUCAGUCAAGCAGCUCUGCAGAGGGUUAUGGUGGUGAAACCGCUGCAGCUGGAGAUCUGCGGCUUGUAAACAUUUUAUUCUUCUGCUGCGGAAAACAGAGAAUUAAACAUUUCACCACAUCAUGUAUGGAUUUGUGAAUCACGCGUUGGAACUUCUGGUGUUGAGAAACUAUGGUCCAGAUGUGUGGGAGGACAUCAAACGGGAAGCGCAGGUGGAUGUAGAAGGGCAGUUCCUGGUCAGAAUCAUCUAUGAGGAUUCCAAAACUUAUGACCUGGUGGCCGCUGCAAGCAAAGUGCUGAAGAUCAAUGCAGGUGACAUCCUGCAGCUGUUCGGGAAGAUGUUCUUCGAGUUCUGUCAGGAAUCCGGUUACGAUACGAUCCUGCGUGUGCUCGGAUCCAACGUUCGGGAAUUCCUGCAGAACCUCGAUGCUCUCCAUGACCACCUCGGUACCAUUUACCCCGGCAUGCGCGCUCCAUCAUUCCGCUGUACAGACGCCGAGAAGGGAAGCAGCCUGAUCCUGCACUAUUACUCAGAGAGAGAGGGACUUCAAGACAUCGUCAUCGGCAUCAUCAAGACCGUCGCCCAGCAGAUCCACGGCACCGAGAUCGACAUGAAGGUGGUUCAGCAGAAGAGUGAGGAGUGUGACCACAUCAAGUUCCUGAUUGAGGAGAAGGACUCGGAGGAGGAGGCGUUUUAUGAAGAUCUGGAUGGUUUCGAGGAAAACGGCACUCAGGAGACACGCAUCAGUCCGUACACCUUCUGCAAGGCUUUCCCUUUCCACCUGAUGUUUGAUAAAGACCUGGUCCUCACUCAGUGUGGAAAUGCCAUCUUCAGAGUGCUGCCACAGCUCCAACCCGGUGUGUGUAGUUUGCCCUCAGUGUUUUCUCUGGUGCGGCCGCACAUUGACUUCAGUUUCCACGGCAUCCUGUCACACAUCAACACUGUGUUUGUGCUCCGGAGUAAGGAGGGUCUGCUGAAUGUGGAGAGUGCUGAGUGUGAGGACGAGCUGACAGGAACAGAGAUUAGCUGCCUCAGGCUUAAAGGCCAGAUGAUUUCCCUCCCAGAGACGGAGAACAUCCUGUUCCUCUGCUCCCCGAGUGUAAUGAACCUGGAUGAUCUGACUCGGAGAGGUCUGUACCUGAGCGACAUCCCUCUCCAUGAUGCCACACGGGACCUGGUGCUGUUAGGAGAACAGUUCCGAGAGGAGUACAAACUCACACAGGAGCUGGAAAUCCUCACUGAUCGCCUGCAGCACACACUCAGAGCACUGGAGGACGAGAAGAAGAAGACGGACAGGUUGUUGUACUCGGUUCUCCCGCCGUCCGUAGCAAACGAACUGAGACACAAACGUCCGGUUCCAGCUAAACGCUACGACAACGUCACCAUCCUCUUCAGCGGCAUCGUGGGAUUCAAUGCCUUCUGCAGCAAACACGCCUCGGCAGAGGGAGCCAUCAAAAUUGUCAACCUACUCAAUGACAUCUACACCAAGUUCGACAUUCUGACCGACUCGCGCAAGAAUCCCUACGUCUACAAGGUGGAGACGGUCGGUGAUAAGUACAUGACGGUGAGCGGACUUCCAGAACCCUGCACUCACCAUGCCAAGUCCAUCUGUCACUUGGCACUGGACAUGAUGGAGAUAGCAGGGCAGGUGAAGGUGGACGAGGAACCUGUGCAGAUCACCAUUGGCAUCCAUACUGGAGAGGUGGUGACGGGGGUGAUCGGUCAGAGGAUGCCUCGCUACUGCCUGUUCGGCAACACGGUGAACCUGACAAGCCGCACAGAGACCACGGGAGAGAAAGGGAAGAUAAACAUGUCCGAGUACACUUACAGGUGUUUGCAGUCAGUGGAAAAUGCUGAUGCUCAGUUCCACCUGGAGUACAGAGGCCCGGUGACCAUGAAGGGCAAGAAGGAGCCGAUGAAAGUGUGGUUCCUGACGCGGAAAACGUUGUAGACCGACGCAGAUCGACAAGAUGGCUCUCGUUUCAGUCUCUUUUUUUUUUUUUUUUUUAAAUAAAGUGAUCUCAUUACAGUAAUUAAUUUACAGUCACACUAAAAUACUGUAUGAACAUUUAGUGUCAUAUUUUAUCAGGAACAUGUAUGUACCUCUGUUUAAACCAGUCCGGGAUCUUCAGCAGAUUCUUACAAAUUAAUUAUAGUGUAAAGGUCCAAAGAUAAUGAUAAAGCAGCUGUUUAAUUAAAUGAUUUGUAUUUGAAAGGUUUUAUAAAUUAAAGACGUGUAGUACAUCA